AUGCGUCGAGCAAAAGGCUAUCAGGAUCUCGAUAAUAAUGCCGUGGUGCCCAAAACUGUUCCUCCACCGAUGCCACCUCCACAAGAAAUAGAAAUGGCAUCAGUUUCAGUUGUCCCCGAUGACACUUUCACAGUGACUCAGGCUGUGAAUGCACUUGGUUUUGGCUGGUUUCAAGUCAAGUUAUCAUUAUGCACUGGAUUAUGUUGGAUGGCUGAUUCAAUGGAGAUGACCAUAUUAAGUAUUCUUUCUCCAGCCUUGCAUUGUGAAUGGAAUAUAAGCAAGUAUCAACAAGCCCUUACAACAACUGUAGUCUUCAUGGGAAUGAUGCUUAGCUCUACAUUUUGGGGUAACAUUAGUGACCGGUAUGGAAGGAAGACUGCUCUCAGUAUGUGUGGUGUGCUUUUGUUCUACUAUGGUCUACUUAGUGCAAUAGCACCAAAUUUCCUUUGGUUAUUGUUCCUUAGAGGUCUUGUAGGAUUUGCUAUAGGAUGCGUUCCACAAUCUGUCACAUUAUAUGCAGAAUUUCUGCCAACAAAACAACGAGCAAAAUGUGUAGUCUUACUUGAUUGUUUCUGGGCGCUAGGCGCAUGCUUGGAAGUGGCUCUGGCGUUGGUGGUGAUGCCCACAUUGGGUGUUCACUGGUUGCUGGCACUUUCCACAAUUCCUCUUUUGAUCUUCGCCCUUAUAUGUCCAUGGUUGCCGGAAUCAGCGAGGUUCCACGUAGCAAGUGGGCAGCCAGACAAAGCUUUGGCAACAUUAGAGCAGAUCGCACAAGACAACGGGCGGCCGAUGCUGUUGGGGCGUUUGGUGUGCGACGAUUCCGUGGGCAUCGGGCAACGUGGAAGACUGAAGCAUCUACUCAUUCCGCAUCUACGGAAUACCAGUCUACUGCUUUGGUUCAUCUGGAUGUCGUGCGCUUUCUGCUACUACGGCCUUGUGCUGAUGACGACGGAACUGUUCGAGACGGAGACGGAAACAGGCGACGCUUGUGCGGCCAGCUGCCGUCCCCUUCACACCACCGACUAUAUGGACCUGCUGUGGACCACGCUUGCAGAGUUCCCCGGAAUAUUCGCUACAAUCUUCGUGAUCGAGAAGUUCGGUAGGAAAAAGACGAUGGCAGCUCAGUUCGUGAUUUUCGCAGUCUGCGUUUGCGUCCUUAUUUAUAAUGGAAAUCGUACGUUUCUGACGUGCGUUUUGUUCGUUGCGCGCGGUAUCAUUGCGGGACUGUUUCAAGCUGCAUACGUGUACACACCAGAGGUGUACCCGACUGCUCUGAGAUCUACCGCGGUGGGAGCUUGCAGCGGAGUGGCCAGACUCGGUGCUAUGAUCACCCCCUACGUUGCUCAGGUGCUACUAAAGAACUCCAUCGUGAUAGCGACCGGGGUGUAUUCUUUAGCGGCGGUGCUCGCAGCCAUCGCUUGUCUCGCUCUACCGAUAGAAACUAAGGGUAGAGAAAUGCGCGAUUCCGUCACUGCCACGGGGUAAAGUGAGAGAAAUAUGAUCAUUAUCCGAACUAAAGGGAUGAUGACGGGUGAUAACUUUAGUAAACGAAAUUCUAUACAGGGUUAAUUUUAAAACACCAACAACCUAUUAGAGGGUGAUUCUACCCAUCAACAGGAACAACUUUUAUUAUGGGACCAACUCUGUAAUCGGGAAAAAAAAACAGCUGUUUCAUACAUUUUGGUCGAUUAGCUGAUGCACUUUUGUAUGAAACAGCAGAUUUUUUUUUCGCGAUUGCAGCGUUGGUCCCUUAAUAAAAGUUGUUCCUGUUCAUGGGUAAAAUCACCCCCUAAGAGGUUGUUGAUGAUUUAAAAUUAAUCCUGUAUAGUCCGUCAGUAAGAUUAUCAAAAAAUAAUGGACCCUUAUUUGAAAAAGAUAACGUGACGCCACUUCUGAAUAAUAAUUGUAACAAGAGGUGACGUCAUGCGACAUUUAAAAUUAAUAUAUCUCUGUAAUGUUUUGAUUAUCUGAAUAGAGAAAAAAUACGUGUUCAAUACUUUUUGAUAAUCUAUAGACGAAGAAAAAGAAAAAGUCAUCAUUCCUAAUGGCAUUAACUUCUGACCUUUAUAAUUCCAAACUGUGUAUAUUGUGCUGUCAAUAUAUUUUUUUAUAUAAAUAUAUUUUUGACAUAUUUUUAAACUUUCUACAGCAGUAGAAAAGUUGGUUGCCUUUUUUAGAGAAAUUCUAUUAUACAUAUACAUAUACAUAUAUAUAUAUAUAUUAUAUACAUUCUAGUUAAACGCUUAUUCGUUGAGAUAUGCCUUGUUCACACGUACCGAAUAAACUGGCGAGACAGUAAAACGUUUCUCGGCCGAGACAGUGAUCGAAAUUAAAAACUCCUGUAAAAGCGCUCUGCCUAGCACUCCGCUCUAUGUUUAUACGUACCGAGUACUCGGCCGAGAGCACUGUCUCGCUCGUUUGAUCAAGACAUUAUGCCUUGAUCACACGUACCGAGCAAACAAGCGAGACGGUGCUCUCGGUCAAGUAUUCGGUACGAAUAAAUCUAGCGCCGAGUGUUCGACCGAGAGCUCUUACAUGAGUUUUUAACUUCCAUUACUGUCUCGGCCGAUAAACAUUUAACUGUCUCCACCGUUUAUUCGGUACUUGUGAUCAAGGCAUUAGAGUUUAAAAUAUAAGCCUGGGUUCAAUAUAAAUACACAAAUAUUCGAUUGUUAAUCAAGUAUCUCUGGUUCUUCAUACAAAAAAAAGCGUGCUGUACAAUGCCGUGUAAGCACACUUCCAUAAUCAGUAUUAUCAAAUCAUGUAAGUGUGGAUAAUCCCUAAGUAGGUAAGUAAAGGUCGCGGCAAACUUCUUGAGCAAAACCACAGACAAACUUAGAUUAAAACAAUAAAGUAAGAUACGGCACCCACGGCUCGAAAGUGAUCCGCUUAAAUUGUGGUGCACGACCACAAUUUGCUUUAGUCACAAUUGGACAUUCAAACACGCUGCAUGUGCACUCAAUAUAACAAUAUUGCGUAUAUUCUGUGUUAUAAAGAUAAAACAAUGCCUUUGAUGCUUUUAUAAAGAACACAAAUAGUUCAAAAUCAAAUAACAAAUGCCUCGGCAACACUUUUCAUUCGCAGAACUUCAAAAUAUAUUUUUUCUCAAAAAUCACGGUUUAUCGUGAAUGUUAUUUACGUAAUCGCCAUUUUGUUAACAAGAAAAGGACAACAAUACAGAUCAGCCGUUCGGACUUGAAACUGGAUUCGCCGCUUCGCUCGCGCUGCGUUGAAGCGAACAGUUCUGUCUCGCUCGCCCGAUUGAAUGUCUUUAUAUAAGACGUGUGCGUGUGUGAGUUGCUUAUGUAGUUGAGUCGGAUCAUAUUUUAUUUGAUGCUAGUAUGAGCGUACCGUAUCUUCCCUUUUGUUUUAAUCUAAGCAGACAAAUAAACUUGCGCAGUAGACGUUUUUGUAUGUAAAAUUGCAACUGCGCAGGCUUGCUUGUGUCGUUGCUUAAGAACUUUGACGGGAUGUAUACUAACCCCUUGUUUACACCAAGGUAUAAUUCAUGUAUUUAACAAAUUUUAUACAAUGUCUUUAUUUUUUGUUUACACUUAUAUACAUGUAUAACACAUAUUAUAGUAUACAAUACUUGCGUCAAACUGAUCGGCUAAACUAAAUAUGUGAAGUAAAUAGUGAUUUAUACUUGUAUAGAUACUAGUUUUCUAUGCAGUGUAAACAAAAUUAUUGUACUAGUUAUGUGUUAAACUAGUAUAUGACUUGUCUCUUGGUUUAAACGAAGGGUAAGGAUAAAUAAAAUAUACAGAUUUUAUAUGUGCUUAUUGUCAAAAGACUAAACUAGUCGUUAAUUAUUUACUCACAAAAAGAAUCUCGAACAAAUAUAAUAACUAACUUUAAUUUAUGAAUUAAAAUACACAGAAAUUUUAUAGAUAACUUGCAACUUCGUCUUUUCAAGGUUAACAAAAUGUCACGCGAUUUCAUUACGAAGUUUAUGCGACUCGCAUUAUUAUAUUCCUUAACUAUUAAGUAUGCAUAAUUUUAUGUUGUACCUAUUUGUAUACAUUGCACUAGUGAUAUUAUUUUAAAUGUGAGCACGAUUUUAUUUAUUGCUUUCAGUAUUGCAAAAUCUCAUAUAGUUACUAAAGACUGCAUUUUGCAUUUACCUCUUUUUAAUUUAUAUUAAUUUUAAGUGUUAAAAUAAUAUUUUGUUCAUAUAAAACGCUUGAUCAUUAAUGGGCACAAUGAACUUUUUUUUAAUUUUGUAUAUGAAAUGAUAUGUAUACAUUUUCGCUGAGGCUCCCGAUAUAUCCCGUUAUUUCCUAGUUUGUGAACAAUAUCUGGAAUCGUCCAGUAUAAUAAAUAAUACUUGUCCUUUACCCUUUCAGUCACAAGAUCAAUACUUAAAAGAUGCUUGAAGAGAAGUUGUUUAAGUUACGAGUUCUUUCAUUUCUGCAGAUUCUCAUAUUUGAAAUAAAAAUUUAUAAUAAAAAGAUACCUAGUAAAAUCACGGAAUAAUAUACUCGCAUUCAUAAUUUUGGAUGUUUUUAUAUAAGUAGGUAAAUAAACAUUCUUUAAAAAAUCAUCAAAUUAUAUUUUAAAAAAUCUAACAAAUAUUUAAAUGCGUAAUUUUUAAUUUUUGAUAUAAUCAGAACGUAAAACUAAAUUUAACAAUAGUAUAUGAUGCUCUUUAGGGCGUGCGCUGCCUAAGAGCCUGCACUGCGUUAAGCGGGGCACGGAGCGGACGUCCGCUAAGGCAGCGCAGGCCCUUAAAGAUCGGAAAGAAGGAACUGACGUUAAUUAGAUAAUCAUGGAAGGUAAAGGUGCAACAACGUCUGAACAUUAUAGUGAGAUUAAAAACAACUUUUGUUUUAAUAUCUGCGUGUGUGAUGUUAACGGAGUUAUUGGGGCCUUUUUUGUCUUGAUCUGAAUAAUCCUAGAAUGUAUAAUGAAUAAGAUAUAAAUGAGAAUUUCUAAGAAUUAUACAAAUUGUUAAUCCGUCCUAUUGUUAUGAGUCUUCCUUGAUAUUAAUAACUGUGUGAUAUUUGAACACUGAAGUAACUUAAUAAACUCUAAUAAAUUGAUUUAUUAGCUAUCUGAAUGUAUCAAUUUAAUUUUUAAUGUUGUUUGUUAGACCUUUUAGGGGUCUUCCAUUAAGAGCCCUUUUACAAAAUUGCGCCGCUGCCCAACUGAUCGGCGCGUAGGUAGAUUUUCACUAGUAUAUAUUGCAUUUUACGGUUGAUGUUUCGAGUCUUAUGAAAUAAUUAUUAAUGAACUGAUUAUAAAAAUAUAUACAUAUUUCAGUACUUCAAUGAUGGUAUAUUAGUUUUAUCAAAGUUUUUGGUAGUCAUUCUAUUUAAUUCAAUAUCAAAAUACGAGGUAAACCUGCAUUAUUUUUUGGGAAAACUCACGGAGGUUAGAUGUUUUUUUGAUAAUUAAUGAGAUGAAAAAUCGAAAUUCUAAUACUUUAUGUUACAGCAAAAACAUAUUUUUGAUGUCGUAGUAAUUAAUUUGAUCUAAUUUUCGAACAUUAUUGAGAGAUUGAGGGGUUUGAAGUUGUGUAAAUUAUCGUUUUUUCGUAAACUAGCUGCAGUGGAACGAUCAGUACAAAAAAAGGAAAGUAGUAUUUGCAAAUAUUCUACAUUAACUUACGAUAGGAAGAAUAAAUCUACUGUUUACUUCUAUUAGGAAUAGUCAAAAUCUUUUCUAAAGGGGUAAACUAGGCGCUGAAAAAUUACGAUUUUUUGCAAAAAAUGUUAAGGGGCUCUUAAUCACGUAAUUUUUUUUUUAUUUAAAGUAUUUUGAUAAAUUUUAGAAUAUUACCUUUAAAUCGAUGCUUGGCUUAAACCCCUCCUCCCCCCUCGUGAUAUUUCGUGAUUUUUAACGUGAUUAAUGGAAGAUCCCUUAAAGAAAACUAUAAAUUAUGAAAGCUAAGUAAAUCGUCAAAUGAGAACAUUAUAAUUACGAUCGAUGAAAACAACCAGUCUGUUUCCAUAUGGAUAUAUAGCUACAUUAUAAAUAUGUAUUAUGCUGAAUUCGACAAGGGUUACCAUUGAGGAAUUUUAAAAAUCCUGACAUUUAGAAAAAAAAUCCGGACUUUUUAGGCACAAAUGGCACCAUUACUCACUUAGUUACAAUGGUCUGGUAUUUAAAUCAAUAUGUACGAGUACUUUUAUUUUUCAUAUCCCAAAGUAAUUUAUAAAAUCCGGACAAUUUAAAGAUCUGGACAAAGUCUAGACUAUAGUCUAAAAGUCCGGAAAUGUCCGGGCUAAUCCGGAUCCGGAUGGAUGGUAACCCUAAAUUCGACCUAAAAUUAUAAGAUAGAAAGUUUGUAAAAAUAUAGGAAUCAAAUUGCCAUAGGUCAUCAUGGCUCUGCACCAUGGUGGAGAUAUGCAGCAUUACGUUAAUAUGACAGUAUUGUAAUUAAUACAUUGAUGUUCUGUACUUAUUUUUUCGUAUUAUGUAAUUCGCACGUGGUUGUGAUACUAAGACUUGUACUUUCAGUGGUGCUAUUACAAUUGUAAAAUAAAAGCCGUAUUUAUAUAAAUUAAAACUAGGUUAUCCAAAAACAAAAGAAAACAACAAAGGCUAUAUCGUAGAAAUGAAGGAAUAUGUCCGUGCCCUCCAAGAGGUCACGGUGGAAAACGUAAAUUUGGUAUACAUCAAGAUUUUGCUGGACCUUUAAAAAAAUUUUUUGCCAAAAGGAUAAAUGUUUAGCUGUUGUAAGUCGAACGCUACGACACACCGAAUGUGGGCUCUCAGACGAAACACCUCAAUUUUGCAUAUUUCUGUAUCUGACCAAUUUAAAUAAUUUUGAUAAAUGGUAAUAUUUAGAGGGUAAUUUGUAGAACUACGUAAAAAAAUUGAGCUCUGUUAGUGACUACAAAUAAAGCAAAUCCAAUUAGUUGGUGGGCCCUCAAAUCUUACGUGUUCAAAAUUUACUCUACUGCUACUUUGUAUUUAAAGCUAAGUUUCUUUGGCAAGCUUUAAAAUUUUGCAGAAGUGGUCAAAAUGCUACCCUGAGAGUACGAGAUAGGGUAUUUUCCAAAUUUUUGAUGACUGAUUAUAUUGAAAGAUUGGGACAAACGAUUUAACAGAAAAAUAAAAAUAAAUUAAAUUAUGUCUUUUUUCUCCAUUAAACCAAUUAAAGUUGAAUUUACUUUUAAUGGUUUUGAAUUUACCGCCAAAACGCUCGGUUCGAUGACGUCUAACAAGUAAAAUCGAGUUAGUCGGCUUUUAGAAACCCGGCUUCCAUUGUGGAAAAUAAGUAAAAUCGAAAUACUGUAACAAAGAAAUCGUCAAAUAAUUACUCCGUAAUCACAGAUCGUGUACAGACUGCAUAGGUGUCUAGGUGUUAGACACAAAGUUGACGUCACACAGUAGACGUCAUCGAACCGAGUGUUUUGGCGGUUAAUUCAAAACCAUUAAAAAUAAAUUCAACUUUAAUUAAUUGGUCUAAUGGAGAAAAAAGGCAUUAAUUUAUUUAUUUUUAUUUUUCUGAUAAAUCGUUUGUUGUUAAAUCUUUAGACAUAAGCAGUUUUAAAAAAAAUGGAAAAUACCCUAUUAAUAUAUUCUACCAGUACAGAAUAAUAGGCUCUAGUGAGUGGGCUCUAAAUCUUUAUGUAUACGGAUCCGACAUUUUCCACAGUGGCCUCUCGGGAGGCACGCAUAUUAGUAGAGUCAAUGAAGCUUUUUACCUGGAAACCCGGUGGAACAGCUUCGAUUCUGAUGAUUUUUUUUUAAUAAUUUUGUUUUUUUAUAUUAUUUGAAAUCAGAAACCUCUGGAGAGGGGGAAAUAAUUUUAUAUUGUUUAAACAAUUUUUAUGACAUUUUUGGGAAAAAAAAUGUUUUUUUAUAAAAUAUCAAUUGAAAACUCACAAAAAAAUAUGUUUAUGUUAUUGUUUUCAUAUUGUUAUCACAAAUAAUUUUAAUUUACAUGUUAUUAUAUCAAAAACUUUUAAAAACAAUUAAUUAUAAGAUCUUUCAUCUAAUAUAAUGACAUGACGCUGAUAUACUUAAAAAAGUUAGGAUAUAUUUCAUGAAAUAUAAGAAAUUAAUAGUUUCAUUACUAACAUAAAUAAAAAAAAAUUAAUAAAAGAAAUAUAUAUAUAUAUUGGGUCAGAGGCCGCGCUCUCAAGGAUCCCGAGGUCGAUUCACUCAAAGCAGCCUACAAUUUUGCUUCCAAGGCCUGUAAGAAGGCUUACAUCAGAGCGGAUGCCCAGCGCGUUGCACGUAUUGGCCAGGAACUUAUAACGCAUCCUACGCUCCCGUAGCUACUGGCCGUGCAAAAAACCUGCCAGCCCUCGCUGCCACCUCUGAGAUGCUCAGACGGAACACUAGCUCAUAAGCCGCAGGAGAAAGCCGAUUUACUGGCAGAACUCUUUGCGGCUAACUCCCAAAUCGAUAAUUGCAAUGCACUACCACCAUCAUUACCUCACUGUGGCACAACGAUGCCUGAUAUUAAAAUCAGGCAGUGUGAGGUUCGUGCCGAAUUGCAAUCACUCGACGUCCGGAAAGCUAGUGGACCUGAUGGCAUCCCAGCAGUAGUACUGAAAAAAUGUGCAACGGAGUUGUCUCCCGUGCUCACGCGCUUGUACCAAUGCUCGUAUUCUUUGGGGCGUGUGCCGGAGACUUGGAGAGAUGCUUACGUGCAACCGGUGCCCAAAAAAGGGGAUCGCUCAGACCCGGCAAACUACCGGCCAAUAGCAGUCAUCUCAGUUUUAUGUAAAGUUCUAGAAAAGCUCCUUAAUAACCAUCUGACCCGUCAUCUUAUUUUAUAUUUAUUUUAUUUAUUUAUCAUCUUCAGGGCACAACACUACCGCUACAGAGCAACAUUUCCAUGCUCGGUAUGGAAGUUCGCUCAGACCUGAAUCCAAAGGACUACAUCGAAACCGUGAUCAAAACAGCUUCGCGCAAACUCGGAGUCCUGAACAAGGUGCGGCGUUCUUUCACGCCAGAUCAACUGUGCUUGUUGUACAAAACGCAAGUACGGUCCUGCGUGGAAUAUUGCUUGCACCUCUGGGAUAGCUCCGCCAAGUACUUGCUCGAUGCUUUGGAUAGGUUACAGCAGCGCGCGAUCCGCAUCAUAGGCGAUGAGGAGGUGACUAAACACCUUAAGCCGUGACGUGGCGUCACUAAGCGCGUUCUAUCGUCUGUACCACGGCGAGUGUUCUCAGGAGUUAUUCUCUCUUAUCCCACCUUCCCCUUUCCUUCAGAGGACCACGCGCGCUGGCCUACGUUGUCACCGUCUUACUGUGGCCACAAUACCAACGCGUACAAAGAAAUUUGGUGACUCAUUUCUUCGUCGCACUAUCCGUAAAUGAAAUGCUCUGCCCGCUCACGUGUUGGGCGUGAAGAAGCAACAUGCAGGCCGGCAGGGUGAGGAUGGCUGGUGUGGCAGGUAGAACUGCUGUAUCAGCUAUCUUCGCGUCUGGACUUCACCUUCACUUAACAUCAGGUGGGGUGGAGUCAUUUGUCGGGCCUAUCUGUAAAUAUAUAUAUAUAUAUAUAUGAAGUAACUAAAAUAUAACGUAAGUGCUCAACGCAUUCGUAUUAUUGACCAAUACAUCGUAUUUUAAUGGUUUAAAUAUUAAAUUAUUAUUAAAAGCCUCAUUUUAACAACUAUUUUUUAUACUAACAUUAACUUUAAAUUAAAUUAUAAUAUAAAAAAAAAUAUAUCAAAAUCGAAGCUGUUCCACCGGGUUUCCAAGUUUUGCCUGUUUUAUGUCUUUAUUGACUCGACUAUAUGAAAGAAUUAAUAUCGCAGAGAAGCGACGAGCUGCCGCGAUCACAUUGUAACUACCCGACUUCGUAGAGAUGGUAGCUAUAAAUGUAUAGGAAAUAAUCUUAGAAUGUUUUCAGUGAUUUAAUCACAAUAAGCAUAAAGUAUUGUGACUAAGUGACUAAUCUGGGUACUUACACCAAAUAUAUUUACUAUAAUGUUUAUGCUUAAUAUAAUUUAUUUUUAAUAAACUGCACUUUCAAAAUA